AUGAGCAGCCUGGGGCAGGAAGUGGCCCAGGUGGAAUUUGAGCACUGUGCUAUAAAAAUCAAGGAAGGGAGGGAAGAACUUGACAAAAUGGAGUCACUUUGAUUAUUUUGCUACCUCUACAGGGAGCCUGGAGCCGAGGGAAUGGGCCCUGGAAGCCUCCGACCUCCUCCUCAGGAGGUGGUGACAUUCAAGGAUAUAGCUGUGGACUUCACCCAGGAGGAGUGGGACCUCUUGGACCCCUCUCAGAAGGAGAUGUACAAGGUAGUAAUGUUGGAGAAUGCCCAGAACCUGCUCUCCCUGGGGCUUCCAGUCCCCAGAGAAGAGGUGAUCUCUUAUUUUAAGCAAAGGGAAGCACCCUGGAUGCUGGAUCAAGAAGGCCUCAGGAGCUACUCUCCAGUAAAAGCAACUCUUAUUAUACAUCAGAGAACCCACACUGGAGAGAAACCUUAUGAAUGUAAACAGUGUGGAAAACCUUUUAGACAUAAGAACAGUCUUACUCUUCAUCAGAGAACCCACACUGGAGAGAAACCUUAUGAAUGUAUACAGUGUGGAAAAGUUUUUGGACGAAAACAAAAUCUUACUGUACAUCAGAGAACCCAUACUGGAGAGAAAGCUUAUGAAUGUGACCAGUGUGGAAAGGCUUUUACAAGUAGAAGAUAUCUUAGUUUGCAUCAGAGAACCCACACUGCAGAGAAACCUUAUGAAUGUGACCAGUGUGGAAAGACUUUUAUAUAUAAGGGAGUUUUUACUGCACAUCAGACAAUCCACACUGGAGAGAAACCUUAUAAAUGUGACCAAUGUGGAAAGGCUUUUAUAUAUAAGGGAGUUUUUAUUGCACAUCAGACAAUCCACACUGGAGAGAAACCUUAUGAAUGUAACCAAUGUGGAAAGGCUUUUAGACAAAAAGGAGCUCUUACUGGGCAUCAGAGAAUCCACAGUGGAGAGAAACCUUAUGAAUGUAAACAGUGUGGAAAAACUUUUAGACAUAAGAACAGUCUUACUUUUCAUCAGAGAACCCACACUGCAGAGAAACCUUAUGAAUGUAACCAAUGUGGAAAGACUUUUAGAGAAAAGAGAGAUCUUAUGAGACAUCAGAGAACCCACACUGGAGAAAAACCUUAUGAAUGUAACCAGUGUGGGAAAACUUUUAGAAGCAAGGAAGGUCUUACUGGACAUCAGAGAAUCCACACAGGUGAGAAACCUUAUGAAUGUAACCAGUGUGGAAAGUGUUUUAGAGUAAAAGGAACUCUUAUUAUACAUCAGAAAAUCCAUACUGGAGAGAAACCUUAUGAGUGUAACCAAUGUGGGAAGGCCUUUAGAGAAAAGAAAACUCUUAUUAGACAUCAGAGAACUCACACUGGCAAGAAACCUUAUGAUUGUAAGCAGUGUGGAAAGGCUUUUAGACGAAAACAAAAUCUUACUAUACAUCAGAGAGCCCACACUGGAGAGAAAGCUUAUGAACAUAAUUAA